CCUCUCUCAACAGACCUCCGUCAACCACUAUCCUCUUCGCCGCGAUUGUAACCCACAGGGCCACAACCACCACCCAGUCCCACCCCCAACAUAUUGAUACAAUAACAGAAGCUCUGAAACCCUAACAAUAUUUGAGGAGAAAGAGAGAGAGAAAAGGAUGGACUUUCAGGAGCCCCACCGGUACAUGAGAGCACCUCCACUUCCACCGCCAUCCAUGGCGGAUCCCCACCACCACCAGCAACUACCACCUCCCAGACAACCAGUUCCUCCACCAGGCCCCUGGUAUUCCGCUCAAUUUCAGUACCAACACCACCCAUCUCAGCAGUCUCCCUCACCACCUCCACCGCCUCACCAGCAGUGGCCUCCACCUCCCCACUCCGAUCAUCAUCCUCCUUAUCCUGCACCACCUCCUUAUCCUACGCACCACCUUCUCAACCAUAGUCAGUUCCCCCCUCCUCUUCCUCUUCCUCUUCCCCCUCGACCUCAGAUGCCUCCUCCUCCACCUAGUUAUCCUCCCCAAUCUUAUACUCAGGUCAACCAGGACUUGGCAAAACCGAACUGGGGUCAUCAUCAAGGUUGGGCUUAUCCAGCUCAUAACAAUGAAGAAGAUUGGGCUGCCAAGGCCAGAGCAUGGGCAUCUGCUAAAGAUGCAACUGAUAACCAGCAUCAGCUGUCACAGGUUACACCAGCUGGCAGACCAGAAGAACCGAGUCAUUACUAUGAUCAAUAUCCGCAAAUUGUUAAUCCUCAUUAUCCAGAUAUUCAGCAAUCAUCACUUUCUUCAUUGAGCUAUCAAGACUAUCCAGCUUCAGCUCCACCUCCACACAGCUCAGCCAUAGGUCAUCUGCAGGAGUCUAUAUCCUUUAGCUCUGGACAAUCUCUUUAUGUUCGAGAUGGGCAUUUACCUUACACUACUAGAGAAGGAACUGUGGCUGGAGAUUCAAAUGCUGUAUUUCCUCAUCAACAAAGUUCAGCCGCAAUUCCUUUGGUUCAUCAGCAGGAGGUACCUUGUAGUUAUUCUUCUGCUGCAGGUAAAGAAGAGGCUGAAAAUCAAAAUGAGAAGUUCUAUAAGUCGGUGUCUUUGUCCAUUGCUUCAACUCCACAGCACCAACCAUCACUGCCUACUGUUGGCAGAUCAGUUUUGAUGGACCAGCCCCAUUAUGCUUAUGGCAAACCGUCAGCCGAUCACACAACUGAUCUUAGUGAUAUGCCUUUAGACUUUGCACCUAGAUAUAGUCAUGACUACGAUCGACAUGCGCAAUCAGUGGGGGGCAUGGACCCUGUUGCAGUUAUGCCUUCUAUUCAUGCUUGGACUCCAACUGCACCAGGGGGAGUUUAUCCUCCAAUCCCUGCAGUACUUCCAUCAGGGUCACAGGUGGAUCCUUCUGUGCCUAUAUCUUCUCCACUCCCUGGACAUUCUGUGCCAAUAUUUGGAGGGAUGCCUGGGCUAGGCUUCCAGACAGGGAUUCCAUCAGUUGGAGCAUCCUUUGCGACUGGUACAGGAACUGCACUUCAUCCAGGAACAGCUUUUCCUGUGGAUGGAUACGGGGCUUCCAGUGUUUCUGAACGCCCCAAAAAGGCCUCGGUACCUAACUGGCUUAGGGAGGAAAUAAUUAAGAAGAAAGCUGUCAUUGCAAGUUCUGCUCCCAUGCCUCCUGAAGAGGAUACUCAAUUCAUUGAAGAUGGAAAUGUUGAUAAAUCUCAUAGUAAAAUUGAUCAGGCAGAUAGCAAAAGUGUUGAUUCUUCUAGGUCAACCGAAGAAGAUGAAGAUGAUGAGGAUGACGUUGAAGCUGCUAAAACUGCAGCAAUAAACCAGGAAAUAAAGCGGGUCCUGACUGAAGUUCUUUUGAAGGUUACUGAUGAACUUUUUGAUGAAAUUGCAACAAAAGUUCUGAGUGAAGAUGAUCUUACUAUCCAAGUUGACCACAAUAUUGCCGCCACAAAUCAUAAAGCAGCACCAUCUACCGCUGCAAUUCCAACUCCUAAGGCUUCUGCAAAGGCUGUCAUUCCAGCCAAAACCAAGGAAGCUGAUUCUGAUGAUGUAAGUGGAAAAUCUACUUCCAGUUCUCCUGGAGAUGUGCUGGGUCUUGGUAAUUAUGCCUCUGAUGAGGAUGGGGAUGCUGAAAUCCAGAGUUCAAGUGUGGCGAGUUCUAAGGAAAAUACUGUCCACCAGCAACCAAUUAUGAGAAAUCUUGCUGAAGGUAUGGAUGCGGCUGAUAUUGACCCUUCACGACUAAAAAGUGAAGAUCACAGUAAAAUGCAUGCCAAUGUGGAGAGUGAACCUGGAAAAAUGAAUUCAAAUGGAGCUGCAGUGAAUCAUAGUGUUCUAGUUAGCAAGUUGAGUGAUGAUAGGGCAGACAGAGAGCCAGCCCAUGGCGAUGCUAGAUCUAGAUUAUCAUCUAAAACAGAUGCUGGAGUUGUGGAUGUUGAGACUAAUAUUGAUGGUGAUAAAGUGCUAGAUGGCUCUGAUACUUCUGCAUCAAAGAAUGGUGUAGGGGAAAUGGCUGAUGUGAAAGCUGAACUGCCAGUAGAAAGUUUUUAUGCCAAAAAGUUAACAGAAGACUCUCAAGGUAGAGAAAUCAGAAAUAAAGCAGAGAACAAUGAUAGACGAGAAACUAGGAGGAGUUCUUCUGGUAUGGACAGAACAAAUGAAAAGGGAGAUAAGAAUAGUAGGANUUGA